AUGAUGCUCUUGGGUUUGUUGCCCAAUUCUUUCACUAUGGUUGGUGCUCUUGUUAGCACUGCCGGCUUGCUAAACUUGCAACUUGCGAAAUCUAUUCAUGGGCUACUUGUAAAAUAUGGACUUGAAACUGAUUUAAUAGUUGGUACUACAAUGCUUGAUGCAUAUGCAAAAUGUGGAGAUAUAUUUUGUUCCUAUAAAUUAUUUGAAGGACUGAAGAACCCAAGUUUGGUUUCUUGCAAUGCAAUUAUUGCUGGGUUUAUAAACAAUGAACAUUUUGUAGAGGCUGUUUUAUUGUUUAACCGACUCUGGAGAUAUUUGGUGCCUAAUGCUGUGACAAUAUUGACGGUUAUUCAGGGUUGUGGUGCUUUAGGAUCAAAGAAACUUUGUGAAUCCCUCCAUGGUUUAAUAGUUAAGGUGGGACUUAUUUUGGAUAUAUCUGUUAAUAACUCGCUACUUGACAUGUAUUCGUGUUUGAUGGAUUUGGGAGCUGCUACCAAAAUUUUCGGAGGGAUGGAAUAUAAAGAUGUUAUCAGUUGGACUACACUGAUGGGUUUAUUGGUAGACCUUGAAUAUCCUUGUGAUGCCCUGAAGAUUUUUGGCAAAAUGAGGAAGAGUAGGAUCAUGUGUGAUAUGGUAGUUAUUAUGAAUUUGAUUUCAGCUACUGCUGUUUUGGGAGAUUUGAAGAGAGGAAGAGAAAUUCAUGCACAAGCUGUUGUUUGUGGUUUUGAAUCGGGGCUCCCUCUCACAAACUCUAUCAUUGCCAUGUAUUCAAAGUGUGGAGAUUUAGAUUCUUCAAGAGCUAUGUUUAAUCAUGCAAGUCGGAAGAGUUUGGUUUCCUGGACAGCAAUGAUUUCAGGAUAUGUCCAGAAUGGAUGUGCAAUAGAGGCCUUGAAUCUCUUGAUUAAGGUGAGACAAGAAAAGAACUAUUUCAUUGAUUCAAUAAUGUUAGUCACUGCUCUCACAGCUUCCAGUGAGCUUGCUGCUUUAGAGCUCUGCCAGCAGCUCCAUUGUUACGCUUUUGGAGCUGGCUUCGUUCAGUAUAUCACAGUUCAAAAUAGUCUCAUAUCAACAUACUCGAAGUGUGGAAAUGUGAACCUUGCCCAUAUUAUUUUCAAGGAUAUGGGUUUUCUUCAAGAUGUAGUCUCAUGGAAUGCCAUUAUUAAUGGGUAUGGGGUCCAUGGCAAUGGAGAAACUGCUCUCACUCUCCACCAUGAGAUGAAGAAGAGUGGGAAAGAUCCUGACAGUGCAACCUACUUGUGUGUUUUGAGUGCUUGUAGUCAUGCAGGCCUAAUAAGUGAUGGCUUGGUUAUUUUCAAUCAAAUGGUGAAAGAAAAUAAAGUAAAGCCGAGCCAAGAACAUUAUGGGUGUGUAGUUGACUUGCUUGCUCGAGCAGGCUGCUUGCCAGACGCAAGUGGGCUUGCUGGAAAACUUUUGGACGGGAUGGGUCCAAAUAUUUGGAGGGCUUUGCUUAGUGGAUGUGUGAUUCAUGGUAAUGUGGAGCUGGUAGAAUUUGCUGCAAGCAAGGUAUUUGAGCAGGACCCAGGUGAAUUGGGUCAAGUUGUGCUCCUUUCAAACGUUUAUGCAUCUGUUGGGAGGUUUCAGGAUGCUGUAGCAUUGAGAAUGAGCAUGCAGAAGAAAGGAUUAAUUAAGAAUCCGGGGAUUAGUUUUCUCAAUAGUAGUUCUUGUGACUCUGGUUAAUUAUUCUUUCUUUCUUGCUAAAUGUAGAGGAGAAUUAAUUUGUUCUUAUAGCAUCCACCAAAGUCUUGACGUAUUGCUUGGUUGUGAUCAUCACCAUCUAGCGGUUUUCUUCAUGGAAUUUUGUAAAUUUUGACUAGAUCGGAUAUUUUUCAAUGAAGUAGAGAGGGAAGAAAACAGUCUGGCAAUAGAGCAGGAAUGAUAUUUGGUCGCUCAUCAAAGUGUAUUUUCAGGCUAAAAGGAGUUACAGUUGCUUUGAUGGCUGGUUCAUGUAAUGGCAGUCAGCUUGAUGACCACGUGAAGCUGAAUUGAUUACAACAACUACUGUGCAUUGUAUACCGUCAUAGAGAUAUUGAGCUCACAUUUAUGACAAUGCCAUAGUCAAAGAACAGGAGUGCUGCCCCAGGUUAUAGUUUCCAAAACUCAG